AGCGCAUGUGCGCUCCUGGUCCACCUCCCUCGUAACCCAUUUCAGACGACGGCAAACCCACCGACUGUGCCAUUUGCCCAUGGCUUCCGACGUUCUGCUACCUCUUGGACCUCUCUGAUCUUUGGUGAACGCAAUGGCACGGGUGCCCUUUAUCGGCAGGCUCUUUUGGAGGGAGUAUCUGGCGCUGUUUGGGUCCCUGAUACUAGUCGCCCUCGAGGUCCUCGUUCGGAUCAUUACGCUGGGCCUUCCUCAACCGAUCAUCCGAUUCUGCUACAACACCUCCAAGAACCUGUUUAACCGAUUGUCGUCCCAAAAGUCUCGACAAGCCCGCUCCCAACGAAAGCAUACGUACAGUUCGAUCGCGACGUGCUCUGAUUUCACCGAGCUCUGUGCCUUUUUUGGAUACUAUGCUGAGGAGCAUGUUGUCCAGACAGGAGAUGGAUACUUGUUGGGUGUUCACAGGCUUCCCUUUCGCAAAGGGGAAGAGCAUAGUGGAUCACAGGUCAAUGCUGGGGCCGACUCGAUCAGGAAACCUGUGGUCUACCUACAUCAUGGCCUGCUCAUGAAUAGCGAAGUUUGGGUUUGCCUGACAGAAGAGGAACGAUGUCUUCCCUUUACGUUGGUACAGCAGGGCUACGAUGUUUGGCUGGGCAACAAUCGAGGCAACAAAUACAGCAAGAAAUCCACGAAACACUCGCCUAUAUCCUCACGAUUUUGGAACUUCUCCAUGGACGAGUUUGCCUUCCACGAUAUUCCCAAUACAAUCGACUAUAUCCUUAACACGACUUCCCAACCUUCGCUGUCCUAUAUCGGCUUCAGUCAAGGCACCGCACAAGCGUUUGCGACACUCUCCAUACAUCCCCAAUUGAACGAGAAGGUCAACCUCUUCAUCGCCCUGGCCCCCGCCAUGUCCCCUGCCGGUCUCAGCAACGGCAUCGUGGAUGCACUGGUCAAGACCAAUCCUCACCUCUUGUUCCUUGCGUUUGGCCGCAAGUCGAUCCUCUCCUCAGCCACCAUGUGGCAAUCUAUCCUCUACCCACCAAUCUUCGUCCGCCUCAUCGACAUGUCUCUCUCCUUCCUCUUCGCCUGGUAUGGCCGCAAUAUAAGCGUGCAGCAGAAACUCGCUGCAUACCCUCACCUCUACAGCUUCACUAGCACAAAAUCCGUUGUGCAUUGGUUCCAAAUCAUCCGUAAUAAGUCUUUCCAGAUGUACGACGACGACAGCUCCAAUAGAUUUGGCAUUGGUGCCAGCAAUCGGUAUUACAAAGUUGCCAAGUUCCCAACAAGAAACAUCAAGACACCCAUUGUUUUGGUUUAUGGAGGGAGUGACUCACUGGUCGAUAUCCGUGUUAUGCUUAGGGAGUUACCUCGUCACACCAUCGCGACUGAGAUCCCUCACUUCGAGCAUCUCGAUUUCCUCUGGGCGCAGGAAGUUCAUACCCUCGUCUUCCCGCAUGUGCUGGAAGCGCUUCGAUACUAUGCACAAGAUGGCACAACAAAUGGCGUUCCGAAGGCUCUUGCUCUCUCUAUGACCGAUACGGCACAACUUCACCGCCGGCAUAAUAGUAACAGCAGCGCUAUGAAUUGGUCCGAAGACGAGUCUGCUGGCGGAUAUUCGGACUUUGACGGCGCGAUCGAUUCACCUCGCACUCCGAGAGUCAAGAGUUAUGCCCAGCAGCAGAGAGAGAAGCACUACUUGCAUCCGUCACCAGGUCAGAAUCAUUCGCCUUCCCAUUCGCCCCUGCAAUAUCAGUAUCAGUACGCCUCCCCUACUCCGAACAGACCCGGAAGCUCGAUGACGUGGAUGGAAAAUUAUUACAAAUUUCCCAAGAGGGAAGCACAGGGGAUGACUGAAGGCAUGGGGACUAGCAGCGGUCUCAGGAAUCAUACCGAAGCGGAUACAGAUCUGCAGGGAGAGCAGAAAGAGACCGAAAGUCAACAGGAACAGGAAGAACAGCGGCAAGUGCAUGAUCAGAGUCCUAUGGGCACGCCACAGCGCGGGCCAGACAACGCUUCCGGAAACUCCGAUUUUGGAGCGGUGCUCUCAACUUCUCGGGCACUGCCUCAAGACGGCGAUUCAACCAGUACUGUUUCGACAAUCCGUAAUCGAAAAAGCGCGCUUACUGCCCCUCCCAUGACUCCGGGGCAACAAGACACCCUCAACACUGACGAAGAGAGCGCACCAGGGAGCGCAAGCGCAAGCGGGAGCGGAAUCGAAAACGAAAACAGACGACGCUCGACCUCUGCUGCUGGAAGUGUUUCAAACACGAGCGGGCGAACCACGCCCGUAAGUCGAGGCACGCCGCCUAGUUUCACGGCGAAGGGCAUCCGUGUGGGCAGUUCGAGACCGAGUGUUGGUGCGGCUUUGCCUUGAAACCUACAAGGGGUGCCAAAAAGGGGAAAAGCGGAUGGAUGCGCGAGAGCUCAAGAGAUAUGAGAAACAGAGACACCAGGCUCUCCUCGUCCGGCAUCGAAUCCGGGUUUGCACUCAUCAGGACCACGGGAAACCUAUAGAAUAUAAAGCGGCGCACGCCAGCAAAAAUAUGACUUUGCACAUAAUGAAAAGACACAAAUGUGUGUCAAGG